AUGGUCCUGAGCCGCCUGCCAAGCGAGCUCUUGCUCGCCAUCAUGCAAGCCCUCGACCAUCCUCGCGACCUCGCGGCCCUCGUCAAGGCAUCGCCCUUGUGUUGUCGACUCUACUUUGCCGCGCCCUCACUCGUCGUCUCCUGUAUCCUCCGAAAUGCCAUCCAGCCAGACGCCCUCCAUGAUGCUCUUGCCGUCUUACAUGCCCCGUGGACGCCAGACCCCGGCGCGCUCAGCUGGGCCAGGCCUUCCCGGGAGCCGCUCAGGGCUUGUCUCGAGCAGUACUUUGACAAGGCCAAACCCUUUGCCUUCCCAAGUGAGUGGAAGGACCUGAUGGCUCUGGAUCGACUCCUUUUUCGCGCCACCUACUUUGUCAACGACUACUCGUCUGAAGCAAGGAUGGUUCUGUUUAGUGAUGGCGGGGCGGACCCCUCGGCCCCCCUGUCGCCCACAGAGCUUGCACGCUUCCAACGAGCCUUCUUUCGCUACGAGCUCUACUCCCGCCUUUUCCCUCCUGACUGCCGGGAGGCCAACUACUCGCUUGAGCCGGCGCAGGAGCAGUUUGAUAGGUUCCUGGCUCGGAUCGAGCCCUGGGAGGCAGAGGAGAUGAGCUGCGUCCAUUGCUACUAUACCUCCCUCAUCGGCAAACUCGUCGACGACAUGGAAGACGGGGCUGUCGGAAACGUUCACUCUUAUGACGCGCGGUCUCUCGUUGACUGA